CCAACCUCCUCCACUGAUCCCAAUCCCCCAAGGCCUGCAACACAUCUUCUCCCCACUAUGCAAUGAUUGCGAUUCUGAAUCGCUUCAACCACUUUGCCCACUGUUGCUCUCCUUUUUGCUUAUCCCCGUCGCUGAAUACCACUCACCUCGCUCCUUGCGACACGAACACACCCUCCACCUUCAACUUCAUCCCGAAUCGACGCGUGGUGGACGAACUUUGCGACCGCCUGCCCUGAUUUUUCGCGGACCGACCUCAUCAUAAACAACACACCGACGCGCCUUCAAUUUGCACCCAAUCCCCAUCGACGACACGACCACACCCUCUCGCCAUUUGGCGCAUCAGCAUUUUGCAUAGCUCUAGCGAUCCUUUCAUCUUAUCGUCAAUAUGUUCUAUUCGGAAACCCUCCUUUCGAAGACCGGCCCUCUGGCCAGGGUCUGGCUUUCCGCCAAUUUGGAGCGCAAGCUGUCUAAGAACCACAUUUUACAAGCCAGCGUCAAGGACAGUGUCGAGGCGAUAGUAACUCCCAGUCAAGCUCCAAUGGCCUUGCGAUUGAGCGGUCAGCUUCUGCUAGGAGUGGUUCGAAUCUACAGCCGAAAAGCGCGUUAUUUACUGGAUGACUGCAAUGAAGCUCUUAUUAAGAUCAAGAUGGUACGUAAUAGCACCACCAUCUUUUGUUGCAGUGCUAAUAUUCGCUCCAGGCUUUCAGACUUUCUGGAAAUAACGAUAUCCCCGCCGGCCUCCAUAUGCCAUCUCGCGACGCGCUCAUGCUUCCUGAUGUGCUUACCGAAGGAGAUAACCUCGAAAUGCCUCCUAUGCCUGACGCUUCAUUCCUCCUAACACAGCUCGAUGAUGACGCGCAAGCCAGUCGUUGGCGUCGCGCAGGAAGUCGUGAUAUUAACCUGCAAGAAGAUUUCAAUGGCAGCCAAUUCCUAUCAAACAGCAUAGAGAAUCAAAAUGACGAAGAUCUAUUAGAACCAAUUGAGGAUCUCGAUUUGGGGAUUGAUUUUGGUAUCGACUUUGGAGAUAUGGAACAAACUAAGGGGGAUGAAACCACCAUGGAAAUUGGUCGAGACGCCCCCGAAGCACGCGCGCCCGAAGAUGACCUUCUCAGUGAACUCGACGUGCAACUACCUGCCAAGGAUAAUGUUGAACCAAGUGUUGAACGUGACACGUCUCUCAAUCUUGGUUUUGAUGAUGACAACGACGCUGUCCGUAUUGAUGACGAUGGCAAUGUUGAAAUGCAAGAUGUCUUUGACUUGCCAGCCGACAUUUCCGAGCUUCCCGUAGCACCCACAAUUCGACCCGGACGUAUUUCAGAAUCGCCACUUUCCGAUUAUGAUGAGACUGUCAUUCAACAAGGAGAAGCUGAAAAUCUCGGAGAACGCAGUCUUUUCGAGCCUGGCGAAACCCCUGAGGCGGAAGUUGCAGCUGCCCCUCAACGAGCCCGAAAGGUCAAGGUUUUGGUACCAGAUAACUCUACCCAAUUAACCAAAGCCCAUAUUCGCGCACAGGAAGCAAAUCGCGAUAAGAUUCUUCGACCCCAAUCAUUCCUUCCACGCGACCCAGAGCUUCUCGCAUUGAUUGAGAUGCAAAGAAAUGGAGGAUUCGUUUCAAGUGUUAUUGGUGAUGGACGAAGUUCGGCAUGGGCUCCUGAGCUUAGAGGCAUGCUUUCACUUGAUACUAUCAGGAAAAGCAGCGAGCUCAAGCGUAAGCGUGAUAGCGGUGUUGCAGAUAUGGAUUUGGACGACGAACAAGGACCACAAAAGUCACCGAGACUUGAUCUUGGUGAAGAAGACGAAGAAGUUAUGACCGCUGGUUUGAGAGAUGUUGGUCUUGGUCGAAAUAGUAUCUCUGUUGCACCAGAUGGAACAAUCAUUGAGAUGGCUGGUGACGAGUCAUACAACGCAAACUUGGAUGAGGAUGACCACAACCAAGGUGCAGGCUUGGAACCAGAGUCACCAGGACCAAACUUUGAUGAUACCGCAGCACCAUUAGUUCACCCAGCUGAUAGUGGACCUGUCUCAUUAGGCACCAAACACGCUGUUCACCUUCUUCGCGAUCGUUUUGGUGCUGAGGCCGCUGAUAGUCCUGACAAGCGCAAGAAGGCUAGCGUUCUCUUCCAGGAUCUCUUACCUGAACGAACAACAACACGAGCAGAUGCUACCAAGAUGUUUUUCGAAGUUUUGGUCCUUGCAACAAAAGACGCAGUCAAGGUUGAGCAAUCGGAAUCUGUACUUGGUGGACCAAUUCGCGUAAGAGGCAAGAGAGGUCUCUGGGGUGACUGGGCCGAGACAAGAGCUGGUGGUGAGAUUGCUGAGGAAGAAACGGGCCCUUCGCAUGGUUUGAUGCAAUCAACUGCUGUUGCUGCUGCUGCGUAAAUAUUGGAUCUGAAAGGAGCGGAAAAACUGCAUUAGUGUAUUAGUAUGUAUUACAUAUUCAGUUCAACCAGGAAGCCCAGGUACCUGGAUCGUGGAUAGUGGCGUUAAAGGGGGUAGUUGGCCUUUGUUUUCAGAGGGAGGAAAAUUUUGGUGUUGAUGGAUGGUCGGGCGUUUUAAGGUGUUCCCUUGAUAUCCCGAGUUCCUUUCCUUCUUUUCCCUUUUCCUUUUUCUUCACAUGGAUAUGAUGCUCGUAGUGGUAUGGUUUGAUUUGGCAUCAUUACUGAAUAGCGAAGCAAGCAUUACGAAUAAAAAUAUUUU